GUUUCCAAACAUAGCCGGCAGAAAGUAAAAGACCAUUAAUUCUGUAUAUUAUGGGAUGUACUUAACACCAAGGCAUUCAAUGAAAACCCCAUAACUCAGGUGCUCUGCACAACCAAUCUCCCAACCUAACCCCCCAGACUUUCUCCCCCAUCUCUCUCUCUCAAUCCCCCGCCAUAAAAUUAGACCAAAAAAGUCCAAAACUCAUUUUUAUAAUUCCUGAUCCUAAAAACACAUUCCCAAAAAUCCCACCAUGCACUUGGAUUCCCUCAAGAACUCUCUCCCAAAUCUUGCACUCUUCUCCCUCCUCUUCGCUGGCCUUCUCUAUCUCUUCGUGUGGUCUUCCUCUUCAUCAAAUAAUCCUCUGCUCCUCGCUUAUCAUCAUAACUCCUGCCAUGGUGCCGCUCAUUCAUCACAAUCUCAUGUAAUGAAAUUCCCCCUAGAUGAACUGGAAUUGGCCUUGCACAAAGCUUCGAUGCCCAACAAAACCCUCAUUAUCGUUGUUCUCAACAAGGCCUAUGUAGAACCAAACGUCAAAUUUGAAACCACAAUGCUGGACCUUUUUCUCGAUAGCUUUUGGUUAGGAGAGGACACCAGGCCACUGCUUGACCAUCUUCUUCUUGUGGCCGUUGAUCAAACCGCAUAUGAUCGGUGCAUCUUCAAACGCCUAAAAUGUUACAAGAUGGAAACGGAGGGGGUCGAUUUCGCCGGAGAAAAGCUUUUCAUGUCUCAAGAUUUCAUCAAGAUGAUGUGGAGAAGGACCCACCUACUCUUAGACGUUCUCAAGCAUGGCUACAGCUUCAUUUUCACGGAUGCUGAUGUGAUGUGGCUGAGGAACCCAUUUCCAAGGCUAAGCGAGAAUGAAAGUCUAGAUCUCCAAAUUAGUACUGAUUGGUUCAAUGGUGACGCACUAUCCGAAAAGAAUUCAAUUAACACAGGAUUCUACUAUGUGAGAUCAAACAACAAGACCAUAUCACUAUUUGAGGCCUGGUAUUCCAGGAAAGACAAUUCCACAGGGAAAAAAGAGCAAGAUGUUCUCUUGGACCUAAUGCUGGAGGGUACCUUUAGGCGGUUGGACCUUAAUCCAAGGUUCUUAGACACUGACCACUUUAGUGGGUUUUGCACGGAUAGCAAAGAUAUUAGGGCAGUCACCACUGUCCAUGCCAAUUGUUGCAGGAGUAUAAGUGCCAAGCUGCUUGAUCUAAGGUCUGUGCUUCGUGAUUGGAUCAGUUUCAAGGCAGCCAAUGCUCGUCGUGCCCACACCAAUGGAACCACCGUGCCUUUCCGGUGGUCAGGGCACUUUGGAUGUUGGAAUUCCUGGAACAAGACUUCAGCGUAGUUCAAUAUACAUAAUAUAUGUACAUCUUAUUCAUUUUAAAAUACGAUUUAAUUUUUUUGGUGCUUAUUAUCAUAGAAAAAAUAACAAAUAAAAGAGGCAAAAUAGAUCCGUUUUGUUCAUAAUAA